GCCGCCGCCCGCGAGGAGCGGGGCCCGCCGCCGGGCGUCCGGGCGUCCCCGCGAGUCCGAGUCGGAGCGGAGUCAGAGCGCGAGCCGGGCCGGGCGCGGUGGGCGCCGCCCGCCAUGGACCACAAGCCCCUGCUGCAGGAGCGGCCGCCCGCCUACAACCUGGAGGCCGGCCAGGGCGACUUCGCGUGCGGCCCGCACGGCUACGGCGCCAUCCCCGCCGCCGCCCCGCCGCCGCCCUACCCCUACCUCGUCACAGGGUUACCCACGCACCACCCCAGGGUCUACAGCAUCCACAGCCGAAAUGUCACUCGGUACCCUGCCAAUUCCAUCGUUGUCGUUGGAGGCUGCCCUGUCUGCAGGGUCGGGGUUCUGGAGGACUCCUUCACCUUCCUGGGCAUCUUCUUGGCCAUCGUCUUGUUCCCCUUUGGGUUCAUCUGCUGUUUUGCCUUGAGGAAGCGAAGAUGCCCCAACUGUGGAGCAAACUUUACUUAAAGGGAACAGCACACCUGGCUUCCCCACACCCAGCUCUCUUUUUCUAAUAGCACGCACCCCAGUGCCCAGGACCUAAGGCAAGGCCUCCCGUGCUGUGUGACGCAGGUAAGUGACGGCUGUCGUCCCUUCUGUGGAGGUGUAGAGGGUCUGGGUGAGCCAGGUGGGCCUGCAAGUGGCGUCUGAUAAUCCCAGGACCUGUGCCAUCCCUGUAACCAGAAGACCCCCAGCAGCAGAGCUCUGGGGGCCGGGGCCACGGUGUGACACCCCCUGCCCUUUUUCCCUUAAUUAACAAGUCUCUACACCUCACUCCCUCCACACUGUUGAAAAUAAAGGGCUUCUGAACCCUACUCUUAUUAAACGGUGAGAGGAGCAAUGGGCCAUGUGACUAAUUUGAUUGUGUUUUCUUCGCUGGUGGAAGGGUCUGCUCUCAAAAGACAAGUGUGCUGCUUGACAGAGGCCCUUAGCCUGCGGGUCCUGGGAGCCCUCACACAGUCCCAGACCCCCACCACCAAGCGGUCAUAGCCGACCAGCCAGGAGGAAGACAGGACCAAGAACCCAAAGCGUCACACGCUUACACUGGUUUACCUGCAUUUGACCCUGACCAAUUUCAAGCUUAUAGAAAAAUAAUAUUCAUGGCAAAGCCAAAAGCUGUGGUUAGCAACAAGCCCCCCUCCCCUGCCCCCAUACAGUGGAUGGCCUGUGUGUGAGUUUUCAUCACCACUCCCCACUCCUCCAAAUUGGGCGUAGUCCCUGACAGCCAGAGAGAAACCCUGCCACUGGCUCUGCCUUGCCGCGCCGCUGCAGAAGCCCAGGUUCCGGGUAUGCCGGCGUGGGGCUCAGCCGAGGUGCAGCCUCCCGCUACCCUCCCCCGGCUCCCAGAGGUCCUCCUGGCUUCAGCAGUGCUGUUUGCAGUUUCAGCACCUGACUGAAAGUGGAGAAACUUGCACCCCAACAGGUUUCAGAGUAAAUCAGUGAUGGAGGCAGCUUUGGUCAACUAGCUUAGUGAGAGGAGCCUGGGUUUCUACGUGUGGAGUCCCCAGAUGCAUGUGUUAUUACCCUGUGAGCCAGGCCCGCAUGUGGCAUGGCCUGGCAUGUUUUCAUUGGUAUCCCAGUUGGUAACUCAGAACGCCAAAUUCAGUACCUCUUAGAAAGUAUUCAAGUGCUAAUAUCAUGGCUGUGAUAGGAGAAUUCUCAGUGCUCUUAGCGCUGUGUCUAAAUCACGAGAACUUGCGGGAUGCUUCAUCUUGGGUAGGGCUGCAUUUGACUUAAGCAAACAUUUAGAAGUUUUUAAGUUAAAUUUUAUACAAUAUUCUCAUAAUUUAUAUUGCUUAAGGUUAUUUGCAUGCUGGGAUGCAAAUCUACACAGCGAUUUCUUUAAACAUCGUAAUGCUAUUUAAGAGCACAUGCUUUAUAAAAUAAAACUGUGAUCUUAUCUGCGUUCAGGUGCAGAAAGCCAGUCACAGAAGCAUCAACUAUCCCUUAUUCUGGCUAUUAAAAAAAAAUCAUAGAAUAUUAAAAGAAAAUGAUACAAUAGGAUUGGAACCAAAUUUACAGUUCUUGAAAAUUUACAGUUCUUGAACAGAAUAGGAAGAAAAUACUUUAAAUGAUUGAGUUGUAUCUAAACUAUGAUGUAGUUACCUUAAAGACAGAAAUAUGUAAACCCAGCUAUGUUAAAUUAGAAAAUGCACUGAUUGCUCGAGUGGAAUACAUGUAAAAUCAGGCACCCUCCGGUGAAGCUUUACAACAGGACAGCACUUAUCACAAACGCAUACCUAUCAUUUCCCAAGCGAGAACCGAACGGGGAACCAGAAGAAUCUGGGGCCACCUUUUCAUCGAAUGACUGGUGCUGAGCGAUCAUUUGUCACUGUUGGUCGGAGUUUCACAGUAGCAAAGGGAUUUUCUCUGCUGGGGAGGCGGGGGGAGAAAAAAAUUGUAAGACAGGGAUUUGGUUCAGAAAAAGAGCUAAUAACUCUUGCUCUUGUUCUGUAAAAUUAUAUAGCUUAUAUAAAUCCCAGACAUUUUCUGAACAUGAAAGUUUUGUUUUGUGACAGUUCUCUCCAUGCGCCCAUUAUAAGCUGCUAAUUGUUUCGUUUUGGCUGCAGUGAGAAAGGCCUCAGGCCUGGGGGUCCUCUGGAAGCGGGGCCUGGAGGGCCUGCCCAGCAUCUGCCCUGAUCCAGAAGGGAGUUCCCCUGGCCUCAUGUUGCGUUUGGCACUUAAUAAUGCAGCCGCUGUCCUAGAAGGCUCUCCCACCACCACCUUCCCACCCCACACAGGACUGCAGAGAGGUAUGCUGCCCUCUGUCUGAAAUGUUUAAAGCUCUGGACAGUUCUGUAAUGGGCGGUGGGCUUCCCUGGCGGUCCAGUGGUUAGCACUCCACGCUUUCAUUGCCGAGGGCCUCGGUUCUGUCCCUGGUCGGGGAACUGAGAUCCUGCAAGCCCAGUUCUCCUAGGCUGAGCAAGGGGGAGGGCCCUGGUGGAGGAAAGUAACAUACCUGAGAAAAGGAGGCUUUGCAAACCCAUUUGCAUCAUUCUGUGGGAAAGAAAAAGAAGUUUAUGGAAGGCUCAUGAAAUUGGGACAUUUUUAAUAAGACCUGAAGGUAAAGACAUCUAAAGCAUAAGGGACUGCUUAAAGCUAUGCACGUGUCAAAGUGCCUUGGAGUCGCAAUUCAUUUGUCUCAUUUAUCUAAAUUCACUCGGAAGCGUAAGGGCAAGAACAGAAGACAUUCUGAAACACAGUGAGGGACCCUUACAAAUGCUGGAACAUCUUAGAGGGAAACACAAGGUCUGCUGCUCCCUGCCUGUGGCCUGAAUUCACGUGCAAAACUGUAGUGAUUAAGGUUGGCUUUUUGCGAGCCCGAUCCUGAACGAUGCCAUGAGAAACAGUAAAAAGAAAACCUUGUUGGGUUUCGGUGCCGUAGACUGGUGCCAACUGCCAAGCAGAGAUCUGAACUUGCAGAAGUUCCGUAAUUGCGGGAGAGAGAGGACAGAACAGUGCAGGCACUGUCUUUGCCUUCAGGAAUUGCCAGAGCUCUCUCGGAGCCCCGGCCUCCGGCUCCCAGGGGCUCGGGGUCUCCCAGUGUGGCCGGGGACCAGGUGAUUGUGUGUCCUCUCCUUCAUUCCACAAAGAAUCUGCUUUAAAUCUGCUCUGGCUGUUGUAAGAAAUCACUGGCCCAAGCUGGCGGGCUUAUUCAGAUGGCUGCCCAGGAGAGGGCAGUGUCAUGCCAUCUGACCAGGGCCACCAGGCCAGCUCCGAGGAUGCCCCAUGGUCUCAGGGCUUGCAGGCCUCUGAGCUGCUCUCACUUCCCGUUGCCAGUUGCCAGCCUGGGGCUGAAGGCCACGCCUGGAGUAAAAGCCAGGCCAGGGCUCCCUUGGGAUGGCCUCUCCUGGGUGCUGGAUGUACAGACUCAAGGCAGAAGGGGGCUGGGGGCACCAGGGCUACUUCGCAGACCUGCGCCUGCUGUCUCCGGGCCUCUGGGGACCUCACACCUUGACCUUGAACCUGGAGCCAGUAAGGUCAUCCCGAGGGGGAGCCCCAGCACCAGGGGCAGCCAGCCCGAUGUCCGGAUUCAAUGUCUCCCUCUCAGGAUUGAAGCACAAAGCAGCUGCCCUGCUCGUUAGCACAUCCUAAAAGGGCCUGUCCCCACAGGGCUGCCGGGCUUGCUCAGCAGGCCUCGGAGUGAGCAGUUUCUGGUGUAACAUUCAUGUUACAGGAUGAGUAAGGGCUAACUUAUGAUUUAUUUUAAAAAUACCCCAGAAUGCCUGUCGUGCAGUCCCACACAUGCCCAGGGUGCUGGCAUUAACCUGCUGCCCAGAGCAGGUGCCCCCAGGCUGGGGAGGCUGAGUCCAGGCUGUGACUGUGGCUCAGGGGGAGGCCGGCUGCAUCCUCCCGGCCUGGAAGGCCCACGUCCUGCCAAGCUGGACUCCCCGGAUGCGGCCUCUGCAGGGCAUGUAACAGAAACCACCUUCCUGCCUGUCCUUGGGGCAGGACACUGUCCCCCUCUCCUGUGUGUCCUCAACUUGAGGAGUGCCCCCACUGCCUUCAAGGCAGAAACCUUGGAGCCUGACUAAACUCUGAAACCAGCUUAGCCAUGGUUUCACAGGCUGUGUUAUCUGGGUGACACGACAUGGUGAGAGAAACAAACACUGGAGGAGAUGCGCUGAAGUCCAGCCCUGGCGGUAAAGUGGCAAGAAGUAACAACUUGUGGUAUGAGGAAAGAGAGCAAAAUGACUCCUAAGAUGGCAGCCCGAAGCCACCGGGCCCUGGCACAUGCCCCAGCGAGCCCACUCCUGGUUGGUACAAGCAGCAUGCGUGCACAUUAGCACUGAGACGCCCGCUAGGAUGCAUGGGGCAGCCCUAUCCCAACAACAGGAGAGAUGUCAGGCAAAACGUUCUCUGACAUAAAUCGUAGCAAUGUUUUCUUAGGUCAGUUUCCCAAGGGAAUAGAAAUAAAAGCAAACAUAAACAAAUGGGACCUAAUCAAACUUACAAGCUUUUGCACGGCAAAGGAAACCAUAAACAAAACGAAAAGACAACCUACAGACUGGGAGAAAAUCUUGGCAAACUAUGUGACCGACAAAGGCUUAGUUUCCAAAAUAUACGAAUAGCUCAUACAGCUCAAUAACAAAAAAACAUUCCAAUCCAAAAAUGGACAGAAGGCUUAGACAUUUCUCCAAAGAAGACAUACAGAUGGGCAACAGGCACAUAAAAAGAUGCUCAGCAUUGCUAAUUAUUAGAAAAAUACAAAUCAAAACAACAGUGAGGUUCCACCCUCACACUGGUUAGAAUGGCCAUUAUUAAAAAGUCCACAAAUGCUGGAGAGGGUGGGGAGAAAAGAGAGCCCUCCUACACUGUUGGUGGGAAUGUAAAUUGGUGCAGCCACUAUGGAGAACAGCAUGGAGGUUCCUUAAAAAACUAAAAAUAGAAUUGCCAUAUGAAUCAGCAGUUCCACUCCUGGGCAGAUAUCUGGACAAAGCUCUAAUUCAAAAAGAUAAAUGCACCCCAACGUUCAUAGCAGCACUAUUUACAAUAACCAAUAUACAGAAACAACCUAAAGUGUCCAUCAACAGAUGAAUGGAUAAAGAAGAUAGGGUACAUAUAUACAAUGGAAAGAGUGAAAUAAUGUCAUUUGCAGCAACAUGGAUGGACCUAUGGAUUAUUGUACUAAAAGAAGGAAGUCAAAAAGAGAAAGACAAAACCAAUAUGAUAUCACUUAUAUGUGGAAUCUAAAAUAUGACAUAGGGACUUUCCUGGUGGUCCAGUGGGUAAGAUGCCACGCUCCCAAUGCAGGGGGCCCGGGUUCGAUCCCUGGUUGGGGAACUAGAUCCCACACGCAUGCAGCAACUAAGAUCCCACGUGCCACAACUAAACAUGCCACAAAGAUCCCACGUACUGCAACUAAGAUCCGGUGCAGCCAAAAUAAAUAAAUAUUUUAAAGAAAUAGAAUAUGACACAAAUAACUUAUUUAUGAAACAAAUAGAUUCACAGACAGAAAACAAACAUGGUUACCAAAGGGGAACACGGGGAGGGAUAAAUUAGAAGUUUGGGAUUAACAGAUACACACUACUAUACAUAAAAUAGGUAAACAAGGUUCUACUGUAUAGCACAGGGAACUGUAUUCAGUAUCACGUAAUGUACUGUAAUGAAAAAGAAUAGGUUUAAAAAUGCAUACAUAUGUAUAACUGAAUCACUGUGCUGUACACCUGAAACUAAUGCAACGUUGUAAAUCAGUUAUUCUAACAGGAGGGAUGACAGCCUCUGUUGAGACACCAGUGGAAUCACAGGAGGACACAGUUCUGUCUACGCAGGGCCAGACCAGACAGGCACCCAGCAUCCAGAGGAGGGCAGUCUGGACUGUGAGAUGGGACAGUUGGGGGGACUCCUGGAGGGCCGGUAAUGCUCCAGUUCCUGAUUGGGUGUUGGUUAUAUGGAGUCACUUUGUGAAAAGUGACUUUUCUUGCACUUUUCUGUAUAUGGUAUUCAAUAUUUACCAAAAAAAAAAAAAAAAAAAGGACCUUUUCAGAAAGGUGUCCUCUUUAACACACCUGCCAGCGAGCUUACUGCCACGGCCGCCCUCCUCCCAGCUCCCUUCUCCGCGAAGGCACAUCGUUUGCCCAGCGAGGAGCUCAGGAUCCGCUGGCCUCAGACCCGCCCGCACGGCCCACCCCCCGCCGGCUGAGCCAGGAGCCGCCUGUCCCUCUACUGCCUCCCCGAGCCUGCGGUGAGGGGUUCGGGGUCUCCCCCCACACCCCAUCUUGCCCUCCUCCGUCGCCUGGCACACGUUGCCCUGUCCAGGAGCACCGAGGGCUCUGGAGGCCCUUCUUGGUCGUCCUGUGACCCAUCUCGGCACAGCUCCUGGUGUGCCCGGGGCACCUCCUCUGUCGCAGUGUGGGCCACACAGCAUGCGCUCGGAAGAGCCCCGCCCCGCCCGCCGUCGGGGAGACACCGGUCCUCACCUCUCGGGUUCUGCUCGAGUUCGCAGCACGCGUCCCGCCCCCACUUCGCUCAGGCUUCACAGAGCAUGACUCCCAGGUGCUGGUCCCUCUGCUGGGCUGCACCCUUGGCCACGGCCUGUCGCAUGUUCUGUGUCCCCUCUUGGCAGCCGGCAUGCUUCCCUCCCCACGAGUGGCCAGGCUGCCAGGGGACAGCGGGGCCGGGGAGGCCUGGGGACUGGAUGGCGAGACAGCCCAUAGGUGGGAACAGGCAUGGGACAUGCCUGGUGACUUCUGCCGAAAAACCCCAAACCCCAGUCCACCUGGAGGUGGCCCUUGCUGGCUGUCACGGUGUCCGCAUCGCGCCCCCUCCCCGCCACCCCGGAGUUCUGCCUGGGUGUCUACUGCGUGCCCGUGUGCCUUGACGAUGACGCGGUCCCAGCCUACAGGUCAGCUCAGACCCGCAGCCACAGGCAGACGCACAGAGGUGAUGGGACCCGCGGCCCGGCCAAGGCUCUGUUGAGAAGCCUCGCGGGGAGUCCUCCACGCCCCUGGGGACCGAGCCAUCCUGAAGACAGCAGGGCCUGAGGGACGGGCCCUAGGGCUUCCUUGGUGCCUGCCCUCCUGCACGGCUGCUUCCUCGGACAGAACGUCCCUUCCUCUCCACCGCCAGCUGGAGAGCAGCUUCGCGUGGCCCGCGGUGUGAGCAGCCCUGAGUGACACUGCUUUACGUGUUAACAACUAACUCAGUCCUCAGCUGGAGGCUGGACUCUCCCAGUUCACAACCUCUGACCCAGUUCAACCCCUUUAUUAUUUUUUUAAAUUUAUUUUUGGCUGCAUUGGGUCUUAAUUGCUGCACACAGGCUUUCUCUAGUUGUGGAGAGAGGAGGCUACUCUUCGUUGCGGUGUGCGGGCUUCUCAUUGCAGUGGCUUCUCUUGUUGCGGAGCACGGGCUCUAGGUGCGCGGGCUUCAGCAGUGGCGGCACGCGGGCUCUAGAGUGCAGGCUCAGUAGUUGUGGCACACGGGCUUAGUUGCUCCACGGCAUGUGGGAUCUUCCCAGACCAGGGCUCGAACCCGUGUCCCCUGCAUUGGCAAGUGGAUUCUUAACCAUUGCACCAUCAGGGAAGCCCAACCCGUUUAUUCUUAAAUGGGGAACUGAAGCCCAGACGGGGAAAGCCAACUGCUCUGGUCAUGGAGCUCUUUUCUGAAACCAACGUGCCCACUCGGUGAGGCGGGGGGUAGGGGUGGGGGGUGGAGGCAGCACCCACUCAGCGCAGCUCCUACAGGUCGCCAGACGCGCUUUGAAAUCAAAGUGUGUGGGUUUGAGGGCUUGGUUUCUCAAUAGCUAUUUAAAGCCCAGUUAUCGGAUUACUUAAAAGCUACUGCCACUAAGGCAGAGAGCACGUGACCGACCCCCAGCCCCUCGGUACUGAAAAGACGGCAUCUCAUCUCUUGAGAUGGGAUGUCCCAGGGCAGCUGGGUCCACCUCACUGGGUUCAGGAACAUUCUCUGGUGGGUGGCUCCCAGGUAUACCCUAGGUAUCCUGGUGUUUAAACAAAACUCGACGUGUAACUGACAGUAUUCUGAUGGUUGUGUGUGUGUGUAAAAUCUACAUAUAAAAGUGUUAGGGGGGGCCUCCCUGGUGGCGCAAUGAUUGAGAGUCCGCCUGCCAAUGCAGGGGACAUGGGUUCGUGCCCUGGUACGGGAAGAUCCCAUGUGCCGCGGAGCGGCUAGGCCCGUGAGCCAUGGCCGCUGAGCCUGCGCGUCCGGAGCCUGUGCUCCGCAAGGGAGAGGCCACAACAGUGAGAGGCCCGCGUACCACAACAACAAUAAAAAAAAGUGUUAGGCUGCUUUACCAGCUCCCACGGACCCCAGAGUCUGGCUGAGACAGAACAUACUUUUCUCCAGUGUUAUCAGCUGGUGUAAACAGUUUAGGAAAGAUAAAUGACCAGCCCAGUUGGGCGUAAGAACCUCUGAGAUACGAAAUUCCAGGGCUGUGUCUCCAGCCCUCAGGGAGGUCCUGGAAGGGCCUCAUCGUGGUACCUGCUUCUCGACCAUCACCCUCUGGAUCAGGUUUCUAAAUGAAAUCUCGUUCUCUCUUGUGUGAUCUGUACCUGACCGAUUGAUACAGCAGCCGCUCACUGUAUGACUAGAUGAAAAUACAAAUUUAAAAUUAAAAACUCAGCUCCUUUCAGUUGCACUCUCCACUUUUCAAGUGCUCAGCAGCCCGUGUCCAGUGGCCACUCUGCUGGGCCGCCCAGUUCCGGAACAUUUCUGCCUGAUCCAUAAUCUCUCCAGGUUUGUUUACCGACGCACAGAUGAUUGGAUCCUGUGUCUGCUGCCUUUGCAAGAGGCCACGACGACUAGGUGGCCUAUUAAAAACAGGCCUUUUCACCUGCUCCCCAGGGGCUCUCUGGGGCAGAGCUGGUCCUUCUGUCCGCUCUGCUGUGCUCUUGGACUCCCACUCUGACUUGGUAGCGAUGAAACGCGGUAGCUUGUCUAACGGACAGGUUGUAGGCAGCGGAGGCAUCUGAGGGUGUACACCGCUGACAGUUGCAGCUUUUUCUUUGGCACUUUGCAGAGGAUACUGAAAUAUUACUUCAAAAGAUGAAGCGAUAGAAAUGGAAUGCGAAUCAGUCAUUAUACCUCAUGAUGCGUCUGUGAACGCCCUGUACUUACUUUUGGGUUAUUACCGUCUUCAGCCCAAGGUUAGAUGCACGUUUACAGACAUGGAAAACUGAACAUCCAGAAGAGUCAGGGUGACUGGUUGAGAGGCUCUGAAAUGACGGAUGGCAGCGCCUCGUUCAGGAAGUGCACGAACCUUGUGGCCUUUGAUGAUUUUUAAAAGCCAGUUAAUAUUUUCUUGUGGCCUUUAUUAAUUAGCAUUUUCCAUUAUUCUCCAGAUCAGAACAUAGUAACCUAUUGGUACGUCUUAAACAGCACACAGGUGACGGUGGUACUUGUCUCAUCAACGGAGUUCUGAUGGAGGGACACCUACAUGCUGCUGAUCCGUGAGGAUGAGAGGGGCACAGAGGUGCUAUUCAUGGGCUCACAGGGUUCCUGCCACAGGCCUGCAGCUCAUCACAGCCCAGGCAGCAGUGCUGGGGCUCGUUAGAAGCAUAAAUGCUUCUAAGGUGAUAUGAGAAAAUGCUAUGAUCCCACCAUGUGGUUGGGUGCUGGGGAGGGAGGGGAAAAUAUCUAUAUAUCUAAAUAUAUCAAUAUUUAUCUGUAUCUCAAAGGAAAUAUAAUGAAAUGUUAACAGGAGUUAUCCUAGAAGUGAGAUUAUAAAUAGAAUUUUCUUUUUAAUACUGUUGUAUGUUUUCCAAAUUUUCUACCCAAACAAAAAUUCUCUGGAUUAUUUUUAUGAAGUGUUAUUUUUAGAAGUAGUAUUUAAAAUGAGAUGUAAUGAUUAGAUGUUUUAAUUUUUACAAGGAGACCCUGACCAAACUUGGACUUUGCUGUUUAGCCAAAACCUGUAGCUUCGACUGCCCGCUGGAUUUAAAAGGAAACCUAAUUUCAGCAUAUGUUUAAUGUACCCAGCAAAUGGCAACAUUUGAGGUGAAAAAAUAUUAAAACAUACUUUGGUUUACUUAAAGCAUGGGAUGGAUAAAUAUUAAUUUAAGAGUUCAUCCUUAUUUCUGUCUCAAGAGUGGGAUAAUUUAUCAGUUUGAUUAUUUGCAAAGUAGAAUUUUAGAUAAAAAUUUUACCAUAAAGCCAUUCCUUAAUAGUCAAAUCAUAAAAUAUAUAAAUACCUCCAUGAAAGGCAACUUUUAUCUGUUUUUUAAUCAAAAGUGGGAAGGGGGUGGUUUCUCAAAUUGUAGGUACUUUAACAAACCAUAAGUAACUUCGUCUUUAAUUAAUACAAUCAUACUUAUGGGGCGCUGAUUAUUUUUAAUUAUUCAGAACCUCCAAAAUAAAUAUUUAUAUUUUUCUAGUA